GCAGACAGCCUCGCUCCUCGUCUUGCACUUUGCCUUACGUGUGAAAUCUGCCUGAGUCUUAAUGCGUGUCCCCUUCUACCGUCAGCCGUCCGGCUUGAAGAGUGCCCCCGGGACCCCAACACCCCUCACCUGCGCGGCCCCCCCUGCCACCCAGCCUCUGCUCAGCUCCCUACCGUCUCCUCAGCGGCCCCCCAGCAACAACGCGGCACUAGCUGGCUGCGGCACAGGAACGUUCCGCACCCGCACCAUUCCGCCGCGCCGUACGAUGGUCAGCCCAGCUGUGCCCAGCGAUCGGCCUACAUCACCGCCACCGCCACCGCCACCACGCUGUCUUUGGAUCCAACGGAUCGCGGCGGCGGCGGCGUUGCGGGUAGCGUCGGACGGCGCACCCGCCCGGACGAGAGCCCCUGCGCUUGCGCCGUGUGCGGGAAGGUGUUCACGCGGGCGCGGGCAUACGCCCGGCACGCGCGGACGCACACGGGCGAGAAGCCGUACCGCUGCGAGCAGUGCGGGAAGGUGUUCGCGCUCAGCUCCUACCUGAAGCUGCACGCGCGCACGCACACCGGUGAGAAGCCCUACCGCUGUCGCGUGUGCGGCCGACGCUUCGCGGCCACGUCCAACCUGGCGCACCACAAGAAGAGACACACGGGGAGCGGCGGCGGCGGCGGCGGCCACCAUGCAAGGGCGCCGCACGCGACGCUGCCGAUGAUGGCAAUGGGACCAUCCAGCCACGGCAGUCACGGCAGCCCAGGUCACGGCUACGAGCAGUGAUGACAGCUGGGGUUGGAUGCUGGAGCUGUGGGUGUUUGUCGCGGGUUGAGCCAUGUUUGUGUGUGCGAGUGAGUUACGUGUCGUGCACUAUUCAAGUGAGAUUAAAGUCAUCAAACGACCUGCUUUCAGAAAGUCUAUCCCGGUGUUGGAAGAAUUUUUUACCGUUGGAGGUUUUGCCAUACGUUUUUCUGGCCUCACGCUCAACGAAUGGUACAGGGAAAUAGUCGGUGCUAGCUGAGUCGUGGGUGGGGUUGGCAGAGGAGUAGGCAGGGCGAGCAGUGAUAACAGCCACUCGCUGUGUGGGCAAGGGCUCGUCAAAGUGGGGCAGGGCUGAGGGAGGUGAGUGCCAACGCGCGCCACGUGUCCCCGUUGAGCUUCCCAGAUCUCUAGUUUCAUAGCGAGAUGGGACAGGAGGGUGAGUUCAUGGUGCACUACAGAUUGUGCGCCUCUUCUCAGUACGUGCGGUGCACGCGAGGAUUGCUUAUUUAUGAUUUAUUCAACGUGCAUGCAAACAGUAAGUCUCCUUCAGGUUCAUGGAACGAGCGAGGCAGGACAAAACGAGAUUAAUUUUUUCAACGGUUUUAUUUAACUUCACUUGUGUUUGUCGUGGUCAAAUCUUUGUCAUCAAAAGUUAUUCGACUUCCUGUUGUCCAAUCGAUUCCAAAUUUUGCACACGUACUCAGAUCUGGUGACAAUGCAUGCCUGUAUCAAAAUCGGCAUCAAAUCAUCAAUUAAUUGCCUCCUUUGAAGCAAUUACAUUUUUUGUAUGAACGGCUUAUUAAUUAAAUUUCGAUUUAAAGCUUUCGUGACUGCAGGGAUUCAUCUUCUUGGUUCUUUCGGUAAAGUCACUUAGAAGGGAAAUAAUAAAAUAAUAAAAAUAAAACAAUAAAAUACAA